ACGUUUAUGAGAACCAGUUGGAACUCUGCUUGGCAUUGACUUGUCAUUUUCGUUAACCGUGCUGCGUUGACUGUUCGUUCGGGGGUUCGGCUUGUUUUUGUGAGAAUCGGGAAGGGAUCACAUUUCCUUUGACGUCUGGAGUAUCAGUGCUGAGUGCAAGGACCAUCUGUCGGUGGGAAAUAUAGACCUACCAAAGUCCACAUCAGGUCCAAUUGUCACAGCGCUGGGCCAACUGCGGACUUGAGUGCCAGGCUUUAGUAGUACACACAGGCAGAGGACAGGUCAUCAGGCAGUCUCCCUAUGUCAGGCCGAAACGGGUCUGCGAGUGAUGCAGACUGUCGGAUCUCAGAGGACUGCCGGGUCCCGGAUGUGGAGCUGAUGGAGCUGGGACCCCUGCUGGAGGAGACAGGACGGCAGACAGCGGGGAAAGGCAUGAUGUCAGAAGAGGCCUCAGUUCUGCCUGAUGAGGAUGAUGAAGAGGUGGAAGAGGUCCUGACGCUGCCCCUCCAGGCUCACCACGCAAUGGAGAAGAUGGAGGAGUUUGUGCACAAAGUGUGGAAGGGUAGCUGGAGGGUCAUCCCAUUUCAUGUCCUGCCGGAGUGGCUGAAGGACAACGACUACCUCCUGCAUGGACACCGUCCCCCCAUGCCCUCCUUCCGCGCAUGCUUUGGAAGCAUCUUCAGGAUCCACACAGAAACAGGCAACAUCUGGACCCACCUUCUGGGGCUGAUCCUGUUUAUUGGUCUGGGCACGUACACCAUUCUGCGGCCCAAUAUGUACUUCAUGGCCCCGCUGCAGGAGAAAGUGGUGUUUGGGAUGUUUUUUCUGGGUGCUGUGCUCUGCCUCAGCUUCUCCUGGCUCUUUCACACCGUCUACUGCCACUCUGAGAAAGUGUCCCGGACCUUCUCCAAACUUGACUACUCGGGUAUCGCCCUGCUGAUCAUGGGUUCAUUUGUGCCCUGGCUCUACUACUCAUUCUAUUGUUCCCCACAGCCACGCCUCAUCUACCUCACCAUUGUCUGUGUGCUGGGCAUUGCCGCCAUCAUAGUGGCCCAGUGGGAACGCUUCUCCACGCCCGCACAUCGGCCCACACGAGCAGGAGUGUUCAUGGGCCUGGGACUGAGUGGCAUCGUCCCCACAGUGCACUUCACUAUCGAGGAGGGCUUCGUCAAGGCCACCACUGUGGGACAGAUGGGCUGGUUCUACCUGAUGGGCGCCAUGUACAUCACUGGCGCCGGACUGUACGCCGCCAGGAUCCCCGAACGCUACUUCCCUGGCAAAUGUGACAUCUGGUUCCACUCCCACCAGAUCUUCCACGUCCUGGUGGUGGCGGCAGCCUUUAUCCACUUCUACGGCGUCUCCAACCUGCAGGAGUUCCGCUACGGCCUGGAGGGAGGGUGCACUGACGACACCCUUCUCUGAGAGGCCCAUCUGUGGCCGCCUCAUCCAUUUCCUGGUCGUUCCCCGUCCCUAUAAAGUGCUGCUGGAACACGCAAUGGUCCUCUGUAGCUCCUUUUCUCCGCCCUCCCCCACCCACCCGAUUUGCUCAUGUCAUUUUUUGUUUUCUUGUGGUGUGUUUUUCUGCUUGUGCUACUUUUUCCCCAUAUAAAGUAGCUUUAGCCAGUGAACUAUAUAGAGGGGCAUCCCGGUGAUACAGCAGCACUUUUUUUUUUUUUUUUUUAAUCAAAAGGGAGCUCUAGGCUCCACUUUAGCUCAUGAAGAACAACAGGGGAUUUUGACCAGAUUGAUUACAUGUUUCCUUCAAGGAUGGGAACCUCUGAGAGGCGUUGCCCUCCAGAGCUUCCCAAAUCAAGCUGUAGGAGGCUUAUGUGAUAGAAAGGGUCCGGGUUGGGGUCAGUUCGUUCCAUUAUUAUUCUGUAAUUAUAAGGAAUUAAUCGAAAUUAAAUUCAUUUUUUAAAAUGUAAAAGUCAUCAUUUAAAACAGUGGGCAAUUCCAACAAUUGAUUAAGAGUAUUUUGUUGAUUUAAAUUUAGUUGACAUACAAUCAACUCCAAUCGAGGUAUGGGUUAUGGAACUUAAAGUCAAACAAUUGAAUGACUUACCUAAAAGACACUCUGCUUGGUACCCUUACCCCUCAUGUCCCUUUUCAAUCGAACAGGAUCUUGUAUGAUUGAUAGCUGGUAUGAAGCUAACCGGGAAACGCACAAUGGGCAAAUCUGGGAAUAGGUCAACUCUUUCCCUUCUCAGCUUGAGAUUUGUUUAAUUUUAAGGAUAUAUUUCAGAACUCUAAAGGUCAAAUUAUUGCACCUUAACAAUAUGUUAUUACCAUUAAACUUUGUCACUGCAUGGGGUCCACCAUGUAGUGAGUAGGAAAUAGGAAUAAUAUUUUAGUAUUCCUGUGCCUUAGGCCAAUGGAAAUAGUUUUUAAAUAGAUGGGCCAAUAUUGCAGUCAAGUGAACUUCAUUAGGAUCUCCAGAUAUAAUGAUAACAAACUUUUUUUGUUUUCUUGUCCUUAUACCCAAUGAAAAUCCAAUAGUUUUCUCAAACUGCUGUUUAUUUAAGAUUUUUUUUUUUAAAGCUGACUUUCUGUGGCUUUAUUACAAAGACUAAACAAUCUGUGUAUUCUUGACUUUGUGUUGUGUCCUGUGUAGACAAGUUGAUGGAUCAUACAUUUCCCUGAAAUGUAAACACAUAAUAAAUAUUUAUUAAUGUUAAAAUGGGAAACUAA